AUUUGAAACAAAUUUGUGUUCAUGAAGAAUGACUGCAUACAAACCACAAUAUGUCAAGAGAAAAAAGAUCCAAUAGAACUGUUUCAUUCUGGGCAGCUGGUAAAAGUCUCCGCCCCAAUGGUUCGAUAUUCAAAGUUAGCUUUUAGAACACUCGUAAGAAAGUACAAUUGUGAUCUGUGCUACACACCAAUGAUAGUGGCUGCUGAUUUUGUCAGAUCUGAAAAAGCCAGAGACAGUGAAUUUACCACAAACCAAGGUGAUUGCCCAUUGAUUGUUCAGUUUGCUGCUAAUGAUGCAAGACUUUUAUCUGAUGCUGCUCGUAUAGUCUGUCCUUAUGCGAAUGGAAUAGACAUUAACUGUGGUUGCCCUCAGAGAUGGGCAAUGGCUGACGGUUAUGGAGCUUGCUUAAUAAAUAAGCCAGAGCUUGUUCAAGAUAUGGUGAAACAAGUAAGAAAUCAAGUGGAAAAUCCCAGAUUUUCAGUAUCUAUUAAAAUAAGGAUCCAUGAUGACCUUGCAAGAACUGUGGAUCUUUGUCGAAAGGCUGAAGCAACGGGAGUUUCCUGGAUUACAGUCCAUGGAAGAACUGUUGAAGAAAGACAUCAGCCAGUUCACUAUGAAGCCAUUAAAAUAAUUAAGGAAAAUAUGUCUAUACCUGUUAUUGCUAAUGGAGACAUCAGAAGCUUAAAAGAAGCAGAAAAAGUGUGCCAUAUUACUGGGACAGAUGGUGUGAUGGUUGCAAGAGGACUCUUAGCAAACCCAGCCAUGUUUGCUGGAUAUGAGGAAACCCCCCUGAAAUGUAUCUGGGAUUGGGUUGACCUUGCUCUUGAACUUGGAACUCCGUAUAUGUGUUUCCAUCAACAUUUAAUGUACAUGAUGGAAAAGAUAACUUCAAGGCAAGAAAAAAGAGUAUUUAAUGCUUUGUCAAGCACAUCAGCAGUCUUAGAUUACCUUAUGGACCAUUAUGGGAUGUGAUUGAACUUCCUAAAUUGUUUUAAUAUGUACUUUAAAGGAAUUGUGUUUUUAACAUUUUUAAAUAAAUUUUUUUAUUUUAAUACUAAAA